UGUGUAUAAUAUUUCUGUAUUGUGCUUGUGAGCUAAACGAGAUAUAGAGAUAAGCUUAUUUUAAGUUCAAGGUCGUAAAUCUAAAAUGAUUAAUGUGUCUAUAGGAAUUAUAGUAUUAAAUAGGUUUUAUUUACACCUUUUACUUUGUGACAAUAUUUGAUAUCACGUGACCCUAUAUUGAAUUUUAAUUGGUCAUCGGUGAGCGUGCCCUGCGCGACGCGAGAGGCGCAAUAAUAGUUCACCAAAAUGCCGUCGGAAUCUAAGCCUUUGUUGACAGCCCAAACAGAAAAACCAAAUCAUUAUAAUCCGGCUAUUUCGUUUCACAGAUAUCUGAAGGAAUUCAGAGUAGAGCAGUGCCCGUCGUUCCUACAGCAUAAAUGUACACAACAUAGACCUUUCACAUGUUUUCAUUGGCAUUUUAAUAAUCAGAGGAGAAGAAGACCAGUUCGAAAGAGGGAUGGUACAUUCAAUUAUAGCGCAGACAAUUAUUGUACCAAAUAUAACGAAACGUCAGGGAUAUGCGAGGAUGGAGACGAGUGCCCUUACCUACAUCGUACCGCAGGCGAUACGGAACGUCGAUAUCACCUGCGCUACUACAAAACAUGUAUGUGUGUUCAUGAUACGGAUGCUAGAGGACUUUGUACUAAAAAUGGGGCACAUUGCGCUUUCGCACAUGGUGCCCCUGACCUUCGCCCUCCAGUGUUGGAUAUGAGAGAACUACAAGCACUAGAAAAUCCUGAUGGGACUGAUGGUGAUGCAGCAGCGCCCAAUGCAUUAGAUAGAGAACGGAAUUUAAUGAAUGAAGAUCCAAAAUGGCAAGAUACAAAUUAUGUAUUAUCAUCAUAUAAAACUGAACCAUGUAAAAGACCACCUAGGUUAUGUAGACAAGGGUAUGCUUGCCCUCAGUAUCACAAUAGUAAAGAUAAGCGUAGAUCACCAAGAAAAUAUAAAUAUCGUAGCACACCAUGUCCUAACGUUAAGCACGGUGAAGAGUGGGGUGAGCCUAGCAAUUGUGAAGCUGGUGACGGCUGUGGCUACUGUCAUACACGCACUGAGCAACAAUUUCAUCCCGAGAUAUAUAAAUCCACUAAGUGUAAUGACGUUCAACAAGCUGGUUAUUGUCCCAGGGGACUGUUUUGCGCCUUUGCGCACGUCGAACCGGAAGAUUUGAGUGGCGUUCGUGAACUUGCCGCGCCUCUCGAAUGCGGCACCAAUCUCGCAGAUCUUCUGUCGUCGGCGUUGCCAGACAAGAAGGGCGAAGUCAGUGUACUCGGCGCCCUCGGGCUCGAGCGACGUACGCACUCUCCCACGCCGCACGCUAACGGCUCCGGUGACGGCUCCGAGUGCGCCUCCACCUCUUCCGGCGGUUCCAGCGGCGGCCGCGCUCCCGCUCGCGGUCUGCUGCCACUGGCGUCCCAGGCGCUCGACCUCGACAAGCCGCAACCCGCCUGGCCCCCCCGCGCCACCUUCGACGCGACCGUGCUGCAGGAGGUGGUCGGCAACGCGCUCGACGACCUCCACCUCGACGAUCCUCGUAAUCUCGUCGCUUCGCUCGACCGCGAUCUCUCCGACGGCGAGGGGCUACUCGGGGGCUCGGCUCCCGUAAACAUUCCGUCGGCGCGGUCAGCACUCCGCGGCUUCAGCCCACCGCCCGGCGGAUCGCCGCUGCCGCCUUUCCUGCGCUACACGCCCAACGACACGGAACGCCUGUUCAACUCGCAUGCGAUCAAAGCGGGCAGCUACGGCGCCACGGGGGCCGGGCCGUUCGAGUUCGGCGCGGCGUCGCCGUCGGCGCCCGGCGAGCUGUCGCGGCUGCGCGAGGAGGUGGUGGCGUCGCGCGCCGCCGCCGCGCGCUGGGACGAGCGCAUCGCGCAGGCGCGCUCGGCGUGCGAGGCGUGGCAGCGCGAGUCGGACGAGGCGCAGCGCAAGGCGGCGCUGGCCGAGCGGCAGCGCGACGAGGCGCUGGCGCACGCGCUGGCGCUGAAGCGCGAGCUGGAGGCGGCCCGCGCGCCGCGCCGGGAGCUGCGCGGGCUGCCGCUGACGGCGCUGAAGGCCAUGCAGGUGCAGGCGCGCACCGACCUGGAGGAGAUCGAAAAAGUGCUGUACCUGGAGACGGCCACCAAGUGCAUGGUGUGCGAGGAGCAGCCGCGCAGCGUGACGCUGGCGCCCUGCAACCACUACGUUCUGUGCGAUACGUGCGUGGCCACGGCCAAGGAGUGUCCGUACUGCCAGACGCCCGUGCAGCACCACCAGUGAGGCGAGGUGACGUAGUGCGGCGGCCCGCUGAUGACACUGCGCUGCCACUACCUUUUAUGUACUGAAACUUUUAUAAGUUGUAACCCAAAUGACUUACGUCUGAUCUAUUAAUUCUAAAAUUUAAUCUUCUAUGUUUUCUAUACAUAUUACCUUUUUUUACGCGAACUUUACAGUUGAAUUACGUCUAGAUAGUCGUGUACGUACGUGUAGUCGCCGGGCCGCCUCCGUAGUAGCUCUCUACUCGUUUUUAUCGCAAAAAAUAUUAAUAAUAAAAUAUUAUGUUCUGAGCUAUCUAUAAAUGCUAAAUUUAAAUCUUUCCUUAAUAUUUUUAUAUAUGGGUACAUUAAAUUGUAAUAUCAGAUGAUAAUAAUUAUAGGAUAUAUUUAACUUUAGUGAAGAGCAAGACUUAUUCUGGUAAAUUUAUUGAAUGAAACAAUGUGCAGGAAUAGGAUUUUCAAAUUUACUGCCACUUACAUUUGUAAUAAAUAUUGGGCGAUAUCGCGACCUUUGUUGCUUUAUACAAUAUUAAUACAACUAUGAACAGAAGCAAUUAUGAAAGUGAACACUCGAGGAAAUAACGAAUAUUGAUAGAAUAUAUUAAGAAAUGUGUACCUUUUUCUACUCUAUAGUAUAUUUUAACGAUAGAACUGCAAAUUAUGUGUAACCAAAAUAAGAAUCGUUUAUAUAUUGUCUUAUAGGGUAAUAAUAGCUUCAGAAUGUUUUUAAACAAUGUUAUUAAGAUGAAUGUUGGGGUGAAGGAAUAUACACACCAAAGGUAAAUAAUGAAUAUUGAUAAAUGAUCGUUUGAACACAGAUGCAUACAUUUUUAUAUUUGUCUAUUUAAAUUAUAGUGAUUUCAAAAUAUUUUUCAUAAACGAAUACAAUGUUAUUAUAAAAUAGAGCAUGAUAGCGAGUAGCUUCGACGUUACGUAUUUAUAUGCUUUCGAUGUUUGAUAAGUUUCGUUUAUACGUGUACUAGUGGACUCGUUGCUUUUCUCAUAUAAAUUAUACUAAUAUAGCUUUUUACGAGACAUUAUUAUUGAACUCAUUAAGGAAUUCUUUAAUCGACAUUAGUACAUAAAACUGUGUUAAAAUUGAAUUAUAUGAAAAUUUGAACCAACAAACAACAAAAGUGCUCGACGCCGUAUCAUAAAAUAUUGAACACAGGAAUAUUUUCGUAUUUUUUACGAAAGUUGCGUUUUUAAGUUGUAUAGUCGUUUGUACAGCACCUAUAUGAGAAUAGAAAUGGUGUAAUUUAUUUAUACAAAAUUAUAAAUUAUUUUGGCAUUUACGAUUUUCGUUAAUGCAAGGAUAAGUAAAAUAGGAUUAGAUUGACUUUGAAUCGUACGGAAGCGGUAGAUUUAGUUAUAUAUUCGGAGAGUUUUUUGCAUGUUCAUAGAAAGUCUGUAAUUAUAUAAACUUGAGCAUUUCAAACAUUGUAUGCGUUUAAAUUGACUUCAUUACUAUUGGUUGUUUUUACAUUUUCUGAAACUUAAAAUAGCUUUCUUCGUUCCGGCAUAUUAAUGUUCUUAGGACGCUUGGACCAAUAUCAGUGAAGCCUAUUCUUUUUGAUAUUUAUAAUUCAAGCAUCAUUUCAAACUUACAAAUAAAAAGGCAUUUAUCAAUUUUGAGUUAUAUAACAUAUAUUUAUUAACUAUGUUUUUGAUAUUGUAUACAUAUUUAACAUUUUCUUCUUUUAUGGGCAGUUUGUAAGUAAUCAUUGUUUUUGAAGAGUAAUUAUAAAUGACAUAUUCCAAGCCAAAUUAACAGUCUUGUACUUUGUUUUGCGACUAUAAUCUGAUAUGUUUGGUUGUUGUGGAUAAUAUUAUUAAAACAAAAGGAAAACCAACAAAAUGAAGUAGGAGUAAUGUCUCGAUUAGAUCGUUGAGUGCAUUUUAGGUACAUUCCCAUUAACGUAGAAGUUUUUUUUUGUUGUGAUACAUUGAAUUGACUGCAUUUUUUUAAAUUAUAAUUUUAUAUAUAUUUUUUUUAUGAUUUAUUACAGAUUUAACAUGUUUCGAGUGAGAUUUAAAAAAAAAUUGGAAUUCUGUUAUAUUAUUCGUAUAAAUUAUAAUUUCGUUUCAUUUACAAUUUUUGUUUUUAAAUUCCUAAUGCAUAUUUUUUUCCUUUGUAAAACUAGAAAUAGGAUUUUAAAUAUGUACAAAUUAAAUUUUGAAUGACAUUGAAAUAUUCCAAUUAUAAAGACAUGUAAUUUUCUUUAUCGAUACAAGUCUCUUUCGAGCCACCAUAUUUUAUAUUGAAUACAGUAAAAUGACAAUUUUGACAUAAAUUUUGGAUAUUCUAUAAAAGUAUUAUGCGACUAAGUUGUUUGUGCAUGUUUAAAUAUGAUCAAUAAUUUAUAUGUUUAUAUUUUACCAAAAGUAAGAUACAUUACGUACGCAUUUCGUUCUUACCAAUAAAUGUAUUUCAUUUGUCAACCUUAUAAACUUAUUAUAUAUAAUAAAUAACGAUUUGCGAAUGAUGGAACGGAACCGCAUAUUUGUGAAUUAUGUUUGUGCCCGGUUUACAUUAUUCCAGUAAGCAAUCCAGUACUGGACUAGAUCGCUGGACUGGAAUAAUGUAAACCGGGCAUUGUAUAAAAACAGCCAGUUGUUAUUCCACUAUUUAACGUUUUUGUUUUAUAUUUUUAAACGUUGACUAAUAGAGAGUAAGCAUCGAUUGUCGAAUCUAUUGAUUUUCACUUUUCUUUUACUAAAUACAAAAACUUUGUAUUAUUUUUUUUUGGUUAAAAUGUUUAUUUUUGUUUACAUUAAGAAAUAAGAAUCUAUGAUGAAAAAAAUAUAUACUCGUAAUCUUAAUAGCUACCUUUAUAAACUAACGCAUUUUAUAGAUUUUUUCUAAUUUUUCUACAAUUUAAAAAUAUUCAUAUUUAUAUAUUUUGAAAAAAAUUGAUUAAAUCUUAGUUUUGUUUUUUGUAUCGGAUAUAGUAAUAGUAAUAACAAAUUGAAUUUAGAAUAAUAUUUAGAUGUAAGUAGCGUUUUCAAAUUGUAUUGGACAUUAUUUUAAGAGUAGUUCGCAAGCAUCGUGCAUUGUAAUCGGAAGCAAUACAACCACAACCGCCUUUUACUCGAUAAUAUUAUAUACAUAUUUAUUGGGGCGACCGGCCGUUAUAUUAUUAUAUACGUGUUGAAUUCUUUAUCAUUGAGAUCAGCGAGAGUAACAAACAAAGCAUACAAAGAACGGUCCCCUUUAACUAAAUGUCGAUACGGCACAUUUUGUCGAGGUGUGAGCAUGCACGCUUUACGUAUGUGUGUAUUGUGUUAGUGUAGGAACAGCCUGAUGAAGGAUUGACGACUUGAGAAGGUACAGGCUUAAAGUAUAUCUCUUUUACUAUAUUUCGUAUUUUCCAAUUUUUAAUAAUAAUAUAUUUAAAAAAAAGAAUUUAACACAACGGCUUAUUGACGAAACUUAUAUUAUCGUAUGUAUUGUCAUGUUAGAAUUCGAAUUAAAAAGUAAAUAAUAUUUUCACUAAUAUUUCUCUAGUACGAAUAGUAUAGACAGAUGCUUAGUUGGCCUAAAUCGUCACAAAUAAUCGUGUGGAGUCUCGUGGAUAAUGUUAGAGGAGAUAAGUUUGUGUAAGUGUUGGAAACAAAAUGUACUGUGUUGUCAUCGCCUAUAGUAGCUUGCUAGUGUUUGUAUUUCUAAUAAUUUUAAAAUUUAGAUGUGUAUUAGAGUCACAUUUAUUUUUAUAUAGAAUCUUUAUCACAUGGAGAUUAAACCUUUAUCUAUGAAUUGAAGAAAAAUACAAUUUAAUGUGUGUAUUCAUUACUUUGCAUUGAAAGAUAAAACUGCACUAUAUUUUGUUUAAAAUGCAAUAACGGAUACAUCGAUAACACACAAACCACUAUUAUUUCGCCGUUAAAUCAAAACAUAUCAAACAAACAAACAAAACAUCCGUACAGUUAGCACAAAAGUAUUUAACGUUUGUUUUCAUAAUUCAUUAUUGUAAAUGUAGUCUGUCAUUAAUUGAAGUCAAAACAAUAACAUAACAGAAAUGCAGAAUGGUAUCGUUUAUAUCUGCCAAGGCGUACAUGUACAGGCGUGGUGUGGUUCUUGUUGUUGUUUUUUUUUUUAAUAUGAAUAUAUUAUUGCAUUAAGCAAAUUAUUUUAUUCUGCAUUACGAAACAGUUUUACAGUUUGCAUUUUAUGUUAGGGUUUUUUCAUUUAGGACCAAUUUUUGUUUUUUAAAACUUUUAAUGUUGUGUAAGCAUAAUAACUACUCUUUUUUUUUUUAAAUAUAUUUAAUAUAAUUUUUAAUUAUUUAAUCGUUAGGUAGGUAGGUCCAACAAAUUUUUUCAAAUUAUUAUUGUUAAUUAGACGUGGAUGUUAUAGUAAACAAAUAUGUUCACAGAAGAUCAAAUGUAUUGUUUUUUUUUUAAUUUUUAUAUUUAUUACUGUAUGCAUUCAAGCUUGCAAUGUCAUAGUAGGUAUAUUAUAAACAAAGUAAUUUUCAAAUCCAUGUGAUACAAACAUGUAACAGAGAUGAUUAUAAUAUUCUAGGUAGGUAGGUUUAAUAAAUUUUAAAUUCCAUUCA